AACUGGAAAACCGGACCGACUGCGAUUGGGAAUUAUUGGGAAUUCUCGUUUUUAGUCUACACCGAAAGCCCCACAGCAACGGACGUGGCAUCGUGUAUUUUGUGGGCUGUGUGUUGUCGUCGAGCGUCGGUAAAACUGAACGUAGAGCGGGAGCCAAUUCGAAUAGCCAGUGAAUCAGUCAAGCGUAUUUAGAGCUCUUUAAGAAGAGAAACACAGAAUAAAAAAUACAAAAUCCCACUAUUGAUAUAUGAAUCAGCAUUACUACACGGAAAUCCCAGGCGAUGUUCAGUCGCUGAACCAGCUGAGCCGAGCAACAUGGUGAAGAUCGAGGAAGGUCUGCCGUCCAGCGAGAUCAGUGCCCACAGCCACCACUUUCAGCACCACCACCACCCACUGCCGCCCACCACGCACCACCACCCGCUCCAGAGCGCCCACCCCGUCGGCCUGAACCUCACCAACCUGAUGAAAAUGGCCAGGACGCCCCACUUGAAGUCCAGUUUCUCCAUAAAUGCCAUACUGCCCGAGACGCUGGAGCACCACGACGAGGACGAGGAGGAGGAGGUGCAGAAGAAGUCCCCGGCCAAGUUUCCGCCCAACCAUAACAACAACAACCUGAAUGCCACGAACUGGGGCUCGUCUGAGGACCAGGAGGCGGAGAGCGAUCCCGAAUCGGAUCUGGAUGUGACCUCCAUGUCACCGGCGCCCGUCCUGAACGCCAACGAAAGCGAUCCGGAGGAGGCGGACGAGGAGUUUGCGGAGGAGGAUGUGGAAUGCGAUGGCGAGACCACGGAUGGCGAUGCGGAGAACAAGUCCACGGACGGCAAGCCGGUCAAGGACAAGAAGGGCAACGAGAAGCCGCCCUACAGCUACAACGCCCUGAUCAUGAUGGCCAUCCGCCAGAGCCAGGAGAAGCGUCUCACCCUGAACGGCAUCUACGAGUACAUCAUGACCAACCAUCCCUACUACCGGGACAACAAGCAGGGCUGGCAGAACUCCAUCAGGCACAACUUGAGCCUGAACAAGUGCUUCGUGAAGGUGCCCCGGCACUACGAUGACCCCGGCAAGGGGAACUACUGGAUGCUGGAUCCCUCGGCGGAGGAUGUUUUCAUUGGCGGAUCGACGGGAAAGCUCAGGAGAAGGACAACGGCCGCCUCGCGCUCCAGGCUGGCGGCCUUCAAGAGAUCCCUCAUUGGGCCCAUGUUCCCGGGACUGGCUGCCUACCCCCAGUUUGGCCAGUUCCUCACCUAUCCGCCGACGGCGCCCAGCCUGCUGGCCAGCAUGUAUCAGCGCUACAAUCCCUUUGCGCCGAAGAGUGGACCGGGCCACCCGGGGAUGCCCACGGGCCUGCCGGGACUGCCUCCAGGACCACAAGGACCUCCCGGACCCCCGGGACCUCCGCCCUUCGUUGCACCACCACCCACGAGCAGCGAGCUCUACCAGCGAUUGCAGUACCAACAGCUGUUGCACCAACACGCCGCGGCCGCCGCCUUGGCGGCUCAUCAAAGGCAGCUCUCGGUGGUGGCGGCCUCGCAGGCGGCUCAGCAACCACCGCCCCCACACCACGCCCACUUGGGGGCGGUGGGUCAGGCGCCACCGCUGUCGCCGGGCGGGGACUCCCCGGGCCCCUCGCCACAGCCCCUCAUCAAGCCCGUCACCGUUGUCUCCCGCAACAGCUGAAGGCUCCGCGGAGGAGGCUCCUCCGACUCUUCGGCCAGCGGAGCAGCUCCUGUAGCUCAUAAGUAUUCCUUGUACAUAGAUAUAGCCGCGACUGAGGCGCUAGACGCUUGUAAAUAGAUGAGAAAGGGGGGGAAAUAAGAAAGUCAGAGCAGGAGCUAGGAAGAAACCACAUUCGGUUGACCGAAUUUAGGAGAAACCUUUGCAGGGAUGUGGAAAAAACUAUGAAGAGUCGGAAGAUAACUUUAAAAUUCAUUUGCUUUACUUAAAUUUUAUCAGCAGAAUUGAUAUGUAAGGCAAGCAGAACUGUAUAUUGAUUUAUUUAAAUUUUCAUAUUGUUUCAAGAACUUAAAUUCUCAUUCUUUGCUAACAAGGUUUUAUAAUGAUAUGGGGAUCAAAGUAUCUUUUCACGAAGUGAAAUAUUAAAGUCCAAACAACUUUCAAAAUGUCAUUCUUGAGAAAUUUAUUUAUGAAUGUUUGUUUUUUAAUUCAAGGCAUAACUCAAGAUAAAAACAUAAAACUAUUUUUUCCGUUCUAACAAAUUGAUGCCUGUCAUCAACCAGAAAAGCCAUCAAAAGUUGAUCUGAGGCACCUUGAAAAUGUAGUAAAAAUAUAUAGUUACUUUUGUGUGGCUCCAACACAACCCCUUCAAGCCCGAUGGUAAUACCUCUGCAAAGGCUUCUCCAAACGAGUGUUCCACAGUUGCUAACUUGUUGUCACAUAUCUACGGUAUAUGUAUGUAAUUUGAUUAACGAUACUUAAGCGCUACAGGCAAAGAACUAAGCACUAUUUAAUUUAUAUAUUAUUGUAUAUUUAGACACCGAGCGAAGCGAGCGAGAACGGAAACCAAUUAAAAUUCUAUUGAAA